CCUAAAAAUGCACAGGGUCACAUGUCGAGACAACUAGUGUUGGGUCACUUAGUUCAUGCUUCGAGUGUGGCAAAGAAGGACAUUUUGCACGAGAAUGCACAAAUUCAACUAAGGAGUGCGCAAGGUCACGUGAUGAGACAAGUAUUGUGGGGUCACUUGGUGCAUGCUUUAAGUGCGGCGAAGGAGGGCAUUUUGCACGAGAAUGCACAAAUUCAACUAAGGAAUGCACGGGGUCACAUGUCGAGACAACUAGUGUUGGGUCACUUAGUUCAUGCUUCAAGUGUGGCAAAGAAGGACAUUUUGCACGAGAAUGCACAAAUUCAACUAAGGAGUGCGCAAGGUCACUUGAUGAGACAAGUAUUGUGGGGUCACUUGGUGCAUGCUUUAAGUGUGGCAAAGAAGGACAUUUUGCACGAGAAUGCACAGUUUCUACCAAGGAAUGCGCAAGGUCAUUUGGUGAGACAACUAGUGUGGGGUCACUUCGUUCAUGCUUCAAGUGUGGCCAAGAAGGACACUUUGCACGAGAAUGCACAAAUUCAAUUGAGGAAUGCACUAGGUCACGUGGUGAGACAACUAGUGUGGGGUCACUUAGUUUGUGCUUCAAGUGUGGCGAAGGUGGACAUUUUGCACGGGAAUGCUCUAAUUCAACUAAGGUACAUUUCAAGUUCUCAGCAGGCCUCACAAGAUUCCAGAGUCCUAGUUGUUUAUGUCCUUGUUCGUAAGAGGAAUCUUGAAUCAUCAACCAGCACUCAUAAAUUUUCCAAAGAAAAUGGAGACUAUGUGGGACUAAGGUCUGUGCCUUCUGAUAGUGGCAAGGCUCGUAAAAAGAAAAAAAUUCAAUAUGAAGGAGGAUUUACCACCCCGUCCAGCUCAAAGAGGAGGGGUGGUUGGAUUACGGAAGAUCUUGGAGACUUACCUCAUGGAAAACCCAAAGUGCAUGGAUGGGGAUCUCCAGUGACACCGACUAAUAAUAGGAAUACAACUUAUUCUUCGAUACAAGGUGGUCAUGCUUCAAGUUCUCAUUCUUCCAGAAAGACUCUUCAUUUUGGAACUUCAGCUUCAAAUGGAUACUCCAAUUUUUAUCAGCAGAGAUAUUCAGUAUCAAGGUUUGGCAACUUUAGUUAUGAUGGGAUGAGGACAAACUAUGAUUGGUAGCAGGAACCUUUUUUACUGUUUUUGCACAAGGGCCAUUAGGAGGCAGGAACUGCAGAACUAACUCGCAUUGACAAUCUACUGGGAAAAUAAACCAUGCCUGCAAACUGUCAUUACCGUCUAACCUGGAUAUAGAUUCUGGGGCUCUCCUUUUCGGUUUUUAAAUAUUGAAUCAGCGUAGUGGAGGGUAAUUUGGAGGGCAAUAUUUUCAGUACUUGCCCUUCUGAAGUUAUCAUUGUUGGUAGGGAAAUCCUAAACCGUGUACUUGGUAGCUUGACCGAUAAUCUUCCCACAUAUGUGAAGCUUAGUUUGAAACAUAAUGAUUGAUUAAUUUUAACAAUUAUUCUUCAGCUAUUUUUUACACCACCUUGGAUGUCUUCUUCUUUCCUCUUUCUUUUUCUUCCUCUUUUUGUUUUGUUGUUGGAAAUGUUUAUUUGCUUCCUUGCUUUUAGUAUGUUCGAUUGAAUGUUGAGGUAUGAUAUUUUCUGAUUCUUACAUUGAGGGAUCUUGGUAAUGGCCUCUUGGAUGCCUUUCUUUUAUGGAAUUGUGAUGAAAGUGAUAUAUUUUGGAAAGUCAUUUUUAUUUUUAUUUUUAAUGUCUGAUUACAAUUCUGUAUUGGUUGUUUGCUGUAGUAAUAAAAUCAUUCCUUCUUGGUGGCA